AUGAGCCCUGGGCCUCCUCCUCAGAAGCGCAAGCAGCCCAGGUGCCUCAGCUUCUCCUCCCAGGCCCAAAGCCCAUCCUGGAAGGCGCAGGAGGCCCUACAGGAGCGGUACCGCCUGGGUUCCCUGCUGGGGCGCGGCGGAUUCGGCAGCGUCUGCUCGGCGACGCGGCUCUCGGACGGCGCCCCGGUCGCCAUCAAAAGGGUGCCACGGAACCGCAUCCGGCACUGGAGCGAGCUGCCCGACGGCACCAGCGCUCCCCUGGAGGUUGUGCUGCAGGACAAGGUGUCCACUGGCUUUCCCGGUGUCGUAAAGCUGCUGGAGUGGCUUGAGCUCCCCAGCGACAUUGUCAUGGUGCUGCAGCGGCCAGAGCAGUCUCAGGACCUCCUGCAUUUCAUUCGGGCACGGGGGUUCCUGCGCGAGGAGGUGGCACGGCCGCUGUUCCGCCAGGUGCUGGAGGCCGUGCGGCACUGCACCAGCUGCGGGGUCCUGCACCGCGACAUCAAACCAGCGAACAUCCUGGUUGACCUGGCCACCGGGCAGGCUAAGCUGAUUGACUUUGGCUGUGGCACCUACCUGCAAGACACAGCCUACACUCACUUUGCAGGAACACCAUCAUACAGCCCCCCGGAAUGGACCCGCUUUGGCUGGUACCAUGGCGAGCCAGCUACCAUCUGGUCCCUGGGCAUCCUGCUGCACGAGAUGGUCUGUGGGAAGAUGCCUUUCAGGAGGGGCUGGAACUUCAGCUGGGGCCAGCUCUCGCUGCCACAACGGCUCUCUCCAGAGUGCCAAAAUCUGAUCGGGUGGUGUUUAUCCAUGCACCCCUUGGCCAGACCCUCAUUAGAAGAGGUGUACUGUCAUCCUUGGAUGCAGGAUAUUCAUCUGCCCUAGAAGAAGGGAGAGAGCCACAGGCACACUUAGAUCCAGGGCCCUGGGAAAGAGAAGGAGCCCCUGGAGAAGCUGUACCGGGUGGGACUGCUGCUGCAGGAGACAGCGAGGAUGACAUGAUGAUGACAACCUCUCCCUGGACCUGGCCACCAGCAGUUGAAGAGGAAGCAUUCUAGGUGGUCCAGUCUGGAUUGGGAAGUGCUUGGGACCAGCUGCAGCGUGGAUGGGCCGUGCCCUUGGAGCAGGCUGAGGACAUCGUUUGGGACCAGCUUUUCUUCCAGCCGUGGAUGGCGUGAGGUGGGUG